CAAUAGCAGUAACAUCCUAUUUGAUUUUAUGUGAAUGUUUAAGUUUUGUGGUCAGAAUGGACGUUGAUCAGUCAAGAAUUGAGGAGGCAAACCGGUUGAAUAGAAUUGAGGUUGCGCGGGCAUAUCUUCAACAGACGCCAAACUCACCAGAAAAUAAAAGAGUUCGUAUCGAAUGGUGCAAAGAGGCUCUAAGGCUGCGACAUUUGGAGCUUACAAAAUUGUUAUACACAGAUGAGUUGAUUUACGACAGAGAAGGGCGUCUGGAUGAUGUAAUCAAUAUAGAACUGUUAUCCAGUGCGAUUGAAUCAGACUUUGUGGAAGGCUUCGAAUUUUUACUGCAUCGUGGAUUGUCUUUUGAAAUCACUGAAUGUGGGUUUUGGUGUGCGUUGUUUGAAGCUGUUCGAAAAGAGAAAAUAGGAAUACUUAAAUAUUUGGCAUCAUUUCCAGUUCUUUGUGUUUUGAAUUCAACAUUUGGCGAAACUAUUCUUAUGGUGGCGUGUAAAAACAGUAAUUUGGAAGUCUUUUCUAUUUUGUUGAAACAUCAAAAUGUCAAGGACGUCAUUAAUUAUAUUUCGCUUGACGAGGGUCUUUCAGUUUUGCAUCUAUGUAUAGAUUGGGCAAACUGUGAGACCACGUGCCUACUGUAUGUAAUGAUGUUAGUAGAAGCAGGGGCUGAUGUAAAUAUUUUAUCCAAUGAAUUUAUAACUCCUUUAUUUACUGCGGCACGUAGAGGAUUUAUGUCUGUUUUGUCAUAUUUAGUAGACCACGGAGCUCAUGUUUCUGUACCCGAUUUGAAUCUAUAUACCGUUCUUCAUCACAUUAUCACCAAACCAAACACCAUUUUGUUUGUACAGAAAUUAAUAAAAGCUGGACUAGAAAUCAAUUUACAAAAUAAACUCGGUGAAACUUCAUUAUAUCUAGCUACCAAGUACAGAAAUGGGUGUGCUGUGAAAAUACUGUUAAAUACAAAUGGCUGCGAUGUGAAUUUAUCUGACAAGAAAGGGAUCACACCACUUCUUUUGGCAGUAGAACAAAAUGAUAUCGAAAUCUUCAAACUUCUACACCAUCAUGGCGCCACUGUCAAAAAGCAAAAUAGCCGCGAAAUGUCAGUACUACACCUAGCAAUACAAAACGGCAAUGCAGGUAUUGUUGAUAUUCUAUUGUAUAAUCAUGGCUGUGAUGUAAAUUUGUCAGACAAGGUGGGUGUCACACCGUUGUUGCUGGCAGUAGAACAAAAUGAGAUCGAAAUCGUCACACUUCUACAAACACAUGGCGCUGAUGUCAAUAAGCAAAAUAGCCGCGGAAUGUCGCCUCUACAUUUGGCAAUAAAAAAAGGCAGUAAACAUAUUGUUGAUAUUUUAUUAAAUAAUCAUAGCUGCGAUGUGAAUUUGUCAGACAAAGAGGGGAUCACACCGUUGUUGCUGGCAGUAGAACAAAAUGAGAUAGAAAUCGUCACACUUCUACAAAUACAUGGCGCUGAUGUCAAUAAGCAAAAUAGUCGCGGAAUGUCGCCGCUACAUUUGGCAAUAAAAAAAGGCAGUAAACAUAUUGUUGAUAUUUUAUUAAAUGAUCAUAGCUGCGAUGUGAAUUUGUCAGACAAAGAGGGGAUCACACCGUUGUUGUUGGCUGUAAACAUUCGAAACACAGAACUCAUCAAACGUCUUCUUGAACAUGGGGUUGACGUCAAUAAACUAGAUGACGAUGGUAGAUCAGCUAUUUGUUACUGCUUCCGUGACCAUGGCCUUUCGUACUGGCGUUUCUUCAGUUUCCAUGAGUACACAAUCGAAAUACUAAAGUUGCUGGAGAGUUUUGGUAUGGAAUUUAGAACACAAAAUCGUGGCAAUAAAUUAGUAAAAAACAUUCUGAAAAUUGACAAAAUUGAAUAUUUUCAGCAUUUAGUUGAUUCCAAUAAGAUCGAUUAUGAUGAUAUUGAUGAAAAUGGUGAUAAUAUUUUACAUUUAUUGGCCAGGGAGCUAAAUAUCGAUACUAUUUCUCGGAGCGUCUUUCUGAAUGAUGAAGGAGUUGAUGUCAACCUUAUAAAUUCAGCAGGUGACACACCAUUAAUGGUUGCAGCUGUUUUCAACAACGUCCCUUACAUGAAAGCCUUGUUGGAUUACGGUUGUAAGACAGAUACCCAGAAUUAUCACGGACAUACUGCUUUACAUCUCUGUGUUGUUGGAAUCGCGUGUUGCUUAAAGAACGGAUAUUUCGGUGAACACGAAUGUUUAGACGCUGCAUUGUGUAAAGAUGUAGAUGUUGAUGUACAAGAUAACGAAGGACGGACCGCCUUAAUACUGGCCGCUAAAUUCCAACAAGUUAACUUGGUGAAAAGGCUGUUAAUAGCUGGUGGAGAUGUUAAGAUUUUAGAUAAAUCCGGAAAAUCAGUGUUAGAAUAUAUGGACUUCUAUAGAAUAAUAGAUCUUAAAAUCUGUAAGUGCAUUAUGCGUAGUGGUGGUGUGAAUGUAAGGGACAGAACAGGGAGCACUAUGAUGGACUGCGCCUUAGAUUUUUUUUUUGAACUGCAUCAGUUAUCGGAUGCCCAGGAGAUGAUUUCAUACCUAGUAGCUGCAAAUUAUUGCUUGAAGAAUAACGGGAGUUAUUAUUUCGAUCAGACCGAAGACUCCACAUCUAAUAUAAUUAGUGAUUUUAGGAAACUGUUGUAUGAAAGUGGAGCCGAGAUGGUCGACAUUGUUUCUAAGUUAAAUUUUUUACUAGACAAGGACAAAGAUAUGGACACCGACAAACAGACAAGUGAAUCAUUGUCCAAAGAAUCGGAAUUUCAUUCAUUUUGUAAUAACUUGUCCUUAAAGUCAAUGUGUAGGAGAGUUAUUAGGCAACAUUUGGGGUCAAACAUACAAGAAAAGGUUAAGCAGCUCAAGCUUCCAAUAAUAAUACAGAAUUUUAUUCUAUUAAAAUCUAACUUGGCAGAUAAAUAUUUCAGUCUAGAAACUGGAGACUGUGAUGACGAUGAUGAAGAUGAUGUUUGGUACUAUUAUGAUGGUGGUGAUUAUGAUGAUGAUGUUUUGGAUGAUUUAUGUCGACAUUAUUACGAUCGAUACUAUGUAACUUCAACAUCUCCAUCGCCAUCACCAUCAUCAUCAUCAUCACCUUCAUCACCACCACCUUCAUCAUCAUCACCGUGAUGACGAUAAUGAUAAUGAUGAUGGUGAUUAUUGUGAUGUUUUAUGUCGACAUUAUUACGAUCGAUACUAUGUAAGUUCAGCAUCAUCAUCAUCAUCGUCAUCACCACCACCUUCAUCAUCAUCUUCAUCAUCGUCAUCAUAAUCAUCAUUAUGAAUACCAUUAGCUGCGUUUAUACGUGGCUACGAUAAGCGUACAGUACCGUCAUUUACGUGAUUUCAUAAUUUUAAAAAUAAAUUAUUCAUGAACUUAUUGAUGUGAGUAAUACUUCUUGUGACGUAAUACUU